CUCUCAUUCUCUCUCUCUCUUUCUCUCUAACUGUAUCUUCUACAACCUCUUUGUUUUCAUACUCUCUAUUCUUUUGUCUGUAUGACUUUUCUAGUUUCAAAGCUCAUUCAAUUGUUCUCUUUGUUGUAAAAAUCAAACCUUUUUGGAAUCAUUCUCCCGGCGAGAGUUUUCUUAACCGGCACAAGCUUCUGUCGAGCGUGAUUCAUCACUGGUGGGUGUUCUUCAAAUUGUUCAAAGUUCCAACCUUUUUUAGAAUUUGGUCAUUUGAAUCUGAAGCUGGAGAGACUCGAGUUUAUAUGGUUUCAAGCUUUAUUGAGUCUAUCUGUAGAAGAAAGGUUUGGUUUUCUCCGACUAAGUUGUUUGAGGUUACAGAGAUUUUUCUGGUUUUGGGUUUGGUGAGAUAAAUUAAAAAGAUGAGUAUGAGUGAUUUGGGUUGGGAUGAUGAAGAGAAAUCGAUGGUUAGUGCCGUUUUAGGGCAUUUAGCUUCUGAUUUUCUUAGAGCAAACUCAAAUUCGAAUCAGAAUCUGUUUUUAGUUAUGGGAGCUGACGAUAGUUUGAAUAAGAAGCUCUCUAGUCUCGUAGAUUGGCCAAACUCUGAGAAUUUCAGCUGGAACUACGCUAUCUUCUGGCAGCAGACCAUGUCUAGAUCCGGACAACAUGUCUUAGGUUGGGGAGAUAGGUGUUGUCGUGAGCCUAACGAGGAAGAGGAAUCAAAAGCUCUUAGGUCUUAUCAUUUUAACUACAUGGGAUUAGAUGAAGAGACAUGGCAAGAUAUGAGGAAGAGAGUGUUACAGAAGCUUCAUAGGGUUUUUGGUGGAUCUGAUGAAGACAAUUAUGCUUUGAGCUUAGAGAAAGUUACUGCUACUGAGAUUUUCUUCUUAGCUUCUAUGUAUUUCUUUUUUAACCACGGUGAAGGUGGUCCUGGGAGGUGUUAUGCUUCAGGGAAACAUGUUUGGUUAUCUGAUGCGGUUAACUCGGAGUCUGAUUACUGUUUCAGGUCUUUUAUGGCGAAAUCUUCUGGAAUCAGAACGAUUGUUAUGGUUCCUACUGAUGCUGGUGUUCUUGAGCUUGGUUCUGUUUGGUCUUUGCCUGAAAACAUUGGUUUGGUUAAGUCUGUUCAAGCUUUGUUUAUGAGGAGAGUUACGCAGCCUUUGAUGGUGACUUCAAACACGAGUGGAGGGAUUCACAGGCUCUUCGGGCAGGAUUUGAAUAACUCAGACCAUGUAGCUCACGCGUAUCCUAAGAAGCUCGAUGUGAGAAGAAACUUGGAUGAGAGGUUCACACCUCAAAGUUGGGAUGGCUAUAAUAAUAACAAAGGUCCAACAUGUGGUGGUUACACAACUCAGAGAGAAGAUGUGAAAGUGCAAGAGAAUCUGAAUCUGGUUUUAGAUAAUAGCAAUUACAAGACGCAGAUUGAAUUAGCGGCAUCAUCCAUAGGGGCUUCUUCGAAUCCAUCUACAAACACUCAACUAGAAAUAUCAGAUUCUUGUACUGCGAAAAGACCAGGGAGCUUAUUAGCAGCAUCAGGAUUAGGAGCAGGAACAGUUUCAGUUGUUGAUGAGAAGAGACCAAGAAAGCGAGGAAGAAAGCCUGCAAACGGAAGAGAAGAGCCAUUGAACCAUGUGGAAGCUGAGAGGCAGAGACGCGAGAAGCUUAACCAAAGAUUCUACGCUUUACGGUCAGUUGUUCCAAACAUAUCCAAAAUGGACAAAGCUUCUCUACUUGGAGAUGCGAUUUCUUACAUCAAAGAGCUUCAAGAGAAAGUAAACAUCAUGGAAGCUGAAAGAGUAAGAACAGAGAGCACAGUUGAAAGUACUCCCGAAGUUGACGUUCAAGCGGUAAAUGAAGAGGUUGUUGUAAGAGUGAUCUCACCGUUGGAUUCACAUCCAGCUUCAAGAAUUAUACAAGCAAUGAGAAACUCAGAGGUUAGUGUAUUGGAAUCUAAGUUAUCGUUAGCUGAAGACACAAUGUUUCACACUUUUGUGGUUAAGUCUAACAACGUCUCGGAUCCAUUGACGAAAGAGAAGCUUAUAGCAGCGGUUUGCCCGCCGGAAACGAGCUCGACGCAGCAGCCAUUACCGUCUUCUAGUUCACAGGUUUCUGUUGAUUUCUAGCUAGGUAUCACAUGAUGGUGAUCAAAAGCUUCAUUGUUUCAGUAUAGGUAACUUCCAGGUUCAACUAGAGAAAUAGAUAACAUACUUUUCUUUUUCA